AUGGCUCGCCCAACUGAGGGAUUCGAGUUACAAAUCUACUUGGCUGCAUCCAACCACUCGAUAAGUGCAGCCCUCAUCCAGGAAAGUCCAGACUUUAAGCUGAUAUACUUUAUCAGUCGAACCCUACAAGGAGCAGAGGAAAGAUAUUCUCAGGUGGAAAAGGUGGCGCUAGCCUUGCUGACAGCAGCACGACGUCUCCGGCCGUAUUUUCAGAGUCAUCAGAUAGUCAUCCGGACAAACCAUCCAAUCGCUAAGAUUCUCAGGAAGCCUGACUUGGCGGGAAGGAUUGUAGCCUGGGCGAUCGAGCUAUCUGAAUUCGGCCUACGAUAUGAACCACAAGGUUCCGUUAAAGGCCAGCACCUGGCUGAUUUUGCGGCUGAAGUCUGCCGACCGGGGGAACCAAACAUUUGGCAUCUAAAUGUGGAUGGAUCUUCAGACAGAAGAGGAGGAGGAGCUGGCAUUGUGCUCGAAGGACCGGACGACCUACUGGUCGAACAGGCGAUCAGCUUUAACUUCCAACUUAGCAAUAACCAGACAGAAUAUGAAGCUCUCAUUAGCGGAUUAUUGCUGGCCAAAGAGUUGGAAGUCAAUCAUCUGGAAUGCAGAAUGAAUUCUCAACUAGUUGUUCGACAACUCAAUGGAACUUUCCAGGUCAAAGACGAUCACCUGCUACGCUAUUAUCACAAGGUUAGUGAUUUAAUCAAAUCAUUUACUAGUUUUUCUGUGACCCACAUACCCAGGGCACAAAACUCCCGGGCGGAUCUGUUAUCGAAGUUGACCCACUCCCGCGAGAAGUCGCAACUCUCUUCGGUAAUUAAAACCACACUGCAUAAGCCGUUGUUGGAAACAUAUACCACUAACGUGGCUGCACCACGAACUGAUUGGCGGCAGGACAUAAUUCAACUGAUGGUCCAACAAGAACAGGGCGGACAGGUCAGUAUCACUGAUUCUAAACGAAUCGCCCGUUACAUGUUCGUGGGUGAUGAUUUGUACCGGCGAGGUUAUACUACCCCGUUGCUGAAAUGUUUGUUCGACGAAGAAACUAAGUACGUCAUGCAAGAAUUACAUCACGGCGUUUGUGGUUCACAUUUGGGGAAAAGGAUGAUGAAGGCCAAGAUUCUACGAGCCGGCUUUUACUGGCCCUCUAUGGAGCAAGAUUGUGCGGCAUUCGUACAGAAGUGUAUCUCCUGCCAGUCUCACGGACAUAAUCUACGAAUUCCUCCUUCUGAACUACAUGAAAUCAUCUCCCCGUGGCCCUUCGCGCAGUGGGGAAUGCAUAUAGCCGGCCCGCUACCGGUCGGCAAAGCACAAUGCAAAUACCUCUUGGUAGCGGUCGAUUACUUCACCAAAUGGAUUGAAGCAGAGGCCCUCUGA